GACAAGUGUAUAAAGUCCAAGCCAUUUGAGCUCACGAACCCCCUUCUGCCAGACUCGAACCCAGACACUUCCAUUCCUCCAGUGAGUCAUUUUGGAGAUUGCAGGAACAGACUUCCAUCUGAACGGGUGGAAAGAAAUACCAUACACAUAAAUCAACAUAUUAUAUUGUUAUUUUCAGCACCUGUCUCGGAAACACAGAUAGAGAGCGGUAGGCGAGAGACGCUGCGGGGAUCCAUCCAAGGCGAUAGUGCCAGGAACGAGGGGAUAGCACUGAUACCUGGGUCUUCACAGGAGUCUGAUGUACACGCGACACCGACACCAGCACGGAGAGACGCCCAGGCAGACGCCGACCUCCUUGCCACCUUAAUGAAGGGGAACCUGGCGGCGGUAAAGCGGAUCCUGGACACAUGUCGGGCUGACGUCAACUGUAGAGAUGUGGGCGGGAGGACACCGGUGAUGGAGGCAGCAUUUAGGGGACACGGGGAUGUUGUGGAGCUCCUUGUGAGUCGAGGUGCUGAUGUGUCACUGGUGGACGAUCUCGGUGACAACAUCCUUCACUGCGCCUGUAGGGGAGGAGACAGGGAGACAGUGGAGUUUGUCCUGUCUCUGGACGGGGUGGACAUCAACAGUAGAGGACAGGGGAGCAGGAUACCGGUGAUGUGGGCAGCACAGUGGAGACACAGGGAUGUGGUGGAGCUCCUUGUGAGUCGAGGUGCUGAUGUGUCACUGGUGGACGAUGGCGGUAGGAACACCCUUUACUGGGCCUGUCGGGGAGGAGACACAGAGACAGUGGAGUUUGUCCUGUCUCUGGACGGGGUGGACAUCAACAGUAGAGGAUGGAGGAGCAGGACACCGGUGAUGGAGGCAGCAUGGUGGAAACACAGAGAUGUGGUGGAGCUCCUUGUGAGUCGAGGUGCUAAUGUGUCACUUGUGGACUAUGACGGUAACAACAUCCUUCACUGGGCCUAUCGGGGAGGAGACAGGGAGACAGUGGAGUUUGUCCUGUCUCUGGACUGGGUGGACAUCAACGUCAGGAACAACUACAGGCAGACAGCGGCCGACGUGGCGAGAGUCACGUGGUACACAGUGGAGUGA